AUGGAGGGUUUGGUCGUACAUAGCAAUUCAACUCCUCCGUUAGCAACACCCCUCAAAGUAGAAACAGCUUCUGAACAUUCAUCAAAGCCGCUCAAACCCCACGUUUCUUUCAACAAGACCCGGGAACCAUCGUCCAUAAAAUUAGAUCCAAAAACCACAGAUGCUUACUUGAAUUACCUCUGCAUGAAUGGACGGCUCAGCGAAGCCGUAGCCGCCCUCGAUUCGAUUUCCCAAAGUGGGUUUAAAGUAAGGUCCCACACCUUGACUCGAUUGAUAGAGUCGUGCACUGAUUCGAAGUCAACCACUUUAGGGCAUAAACUCUACCAGCAUAUUGGGUUAUUGAUGGAAAUAGAUCCAUUCAUUGAGACAAAACUGGUUGGUAUGUAUGCUAAAUGUGGGUACUUGGCGGAUGCACGUAGGGUAUUUGAUGAAAUGCACGAGAGGGAUUUGUAUGCAUGGUCGGCCAUGAUUGGUGCUUGUUCAAGAGAACGGAGAUGGAGGGACGUGGUGGACCUAUUCUAUUCAAUGAUGCAAGAGGGUGUGGUUCCUGAUGAUUUUCUUUUUCCGAAGAUUUUGCAGGCUUGUGGGAAUUGUCGCGAUGUCGAGACCGGUAAGUUGAUACAUUCAAUUGUGAUUCGUUGUGGGAUGAGCUCUGAAAUCCGUGUUAACAAUACCAUUUUGGCAGUGUAUGCCAAAUGUGGGGAGUUGAGUUUGGCGAGGAAGUUUUUUGAUAAAAUGGACGGGAAGGACAAGGUGUCUUGGAACUCAAUUAUAACUGGGUAUUGUUUGACAGGCAAGAUUGAAGAGGCCCGUUGGCUUCUUAGUUUGAUGCAAAAAGAUGGGUUUGAACCGGGAUUGGUAACUUGGAACAUAUUUAUAACCAGUUACAACCAGCUGGGAAACUGUGAUCUUGCUAUGGAAGUCAUGAAGGAAAUGGAGGGUUGCGGGAUCACUCCUGAUGUUGUCACUUGGACUUCUAUGGUAUCAGGAUUGGCUCAAAGUAACAGGAUAGUUCAGGCAUUAGAUAUGUUCAGGGAAAUGCUUUUGGUAGGGGUUGAACCAAAUGCAGUUACGCUUAUGACUGCAAUCUCUGCAUGUGCAUCUUUUACAGCAUUAUGGAAAGGGAUGGAGCUCCACUCUAUAGCAGUUAAGAUGGGAUUAGAUGAAGAUGUGCUGAUAAGAAAUUCUCUCAUUGACUUGUAUUCCAAGUGUGGAAAACUAGAAGCUGCUAGGCAGGUUUUUGACAUGAUCUUAGAAAAAGAUGUCUGCACUUGGAACUCAAUGAUUUCAGGCUACUGCCAAGCUGGUUACUGUGGGAAAGCCCAUGAUCUGUUCAUGAGCAUGCGGCAAUCAGGUAUAGCACCUAAUGUAAUCACAUGGAAUGUCAUGAUCACUGGACAUAUGCAAAAUGGAGAUGAGGAUCUAGCCAUGGAUCUUUUUCAGAGGAUGGAGAAGGAUGGGACCAUCAAGCGAGAUACUGCAUCGUGGAACUCUCUUAUUGCCGGAUACUUGCAGACUGGACAGAAAAAUAAGGCAUUGGGAAUAUUUCGACAAAUGCAGUUAUACUGUGUUAGACCAAAUCCAGUUACUAUAUUGAGCCUCUUACCUGCAUGUGCGAAUUUAGUUGAUGCAAAGAAAGUUAAAGAGAUUCAUGCUUGUGUAUUUCGCCAUAAUUUAGGGUCUGAUUUGUCUGUUUUAAACUCUUUAAUAGAUUCUUAUGCCAAGGCGGGGAAUCUAGUAUAUUCAAGAAAAAUUUUUGAUAGAAUGUCAACCAAGGACAUUGUCACCUGGAACACAAUGAUUGCUGGUUCUGUUUUGCUUGGUUGUUCAAACACUGCACUGGCAUUACUUGAACAGAUGAAAAAUGUGGGACUUAAACUGAACCGAGGUACAUUUUUGUCUGUUAUCUCUGCAUGUGGUCUUGGUGGAAUGGUUGAGAAGGGAAAGCAAAUUUUCUCUAGCAUGACAGAAGACUAUUUUGUUUUGCCAUCUAUGGAGCACUAUGUAGCCAUGGUACAUCUAUUUGGUCGUGCUGGUAGGCUUGAGGAAGCAGUUGAAUUUAUUGAGAAUAUGACCAUAGAACCUGACUUCUCUGUUUGGUCUGCCUUAUUAAUUGCUUGCAAGGUUCAUGGCAAUGUUAAUUUGGCAAUUUAUGCUGGGGAAAGGUUACUUGAAUUAAAGCCAGGGAAUGCCUUGAUUCAGCAGUUUGUCUUACAGAUGUAUGCAAUAAGAGGGAACUCUGAUGAAUCAUUCAAUGCAAGAAAGGCUUACAAGGGGAAUGAUACUGAAAGAUCUCUUGGAUGGAGCUGGAUUGAAGUUAGAAAUGUUGUACAUACAUUUGUUGCAGGUGAUCAAUCUAAACCAAAUUCUGAAAUUCUACACUCUUGGGUGAAAAAAAUGGCUGGAGAAAUCAGGAAACCUGAAUCACAUCAGGGACUUUUCUUUUUGGAAGAAGAAAACGAAGAAAUUAGUGGGGUCCAUAGUGAAAAACUUGCAAUUGCUUUUGCUUUAAUUGGUUCAACUCAAGCAUCUAAAAGUAUACGGAUUAUAAAAAAUCUUAGAAUAUGUAGUGAUUGCCACAGAUUGGCUAAAUUUAUCUCCAUGACACAUGGGUGUAAAAUAUAUUUGAAAGACCCUGCAUGCUUGCACCACAUUAAGGAUGGACAUUGCUCAUGUGGUGAUUACUGGUAG